AUGGGCCAGGCCAUUCACUAUAGGCCUAUCAGCAUGUUUUGGCCCAACAAAGUCGGAGUUGUUGCCAGCCAGAUGAUUGUCCGGAUUGGGCCUUCAACGUCCACCAUGGGCCCAAACAAGUUCUUUACCGGAGUAGUAUUUAACCAACACAUACCGCGUAAGAUAGCACCAACAGCUCACGUUAAUAUUGGCCGGCAGGCAGAGUUCAUCAUUUUCAACUUCCCCCACAGAGCGCCAGUGGCAGUAAUCACUUCCUGGGAAAAGUUCGUCACUUUCCCUCUCUCUAUCUUUUUCGAAAGAAUACUCCCCAGUUGUAGUCCCACUUUUUCUCAGAUCGGAGCCCUAGUUUUCACAGGAAAACGAAGAGAGAGAAGAAGAAGAAGAAGAAUGCCGCGAGAAAUUAUAACUCUACAAGUGGGACAAUGCGGGAACCAGAUCGGGAUGGAGUUCUGGAAGCAACUCUGCCUCGAGCACGGCAUUAACAAAGACGGGAUUCUCGAAGAUUUCGCUACUCAGGGAGGGGACAGAAAAGAUGUGUUUUUCUACCAAGCUGACGAUCAACACUAUGUACCACGGGCUUUGCUGAUUGAUUUGGAGCCCAGGGUGAUCAAUGGUAUUCAGAACGGUGAAUAUAGAAACCUCUACAAUCACGAGAAUGUCUUUGUUUCAGAUCAUGGUGGAGGUGCUGGCAACAAUUGGGCCAGUGGAUAUCAUCAGGGGAAGGGUGUUGAGGAGGACAUAAUGGAUAUGAUUGACAGAGAAGCUGAUGGAAGUGAUAGUCUCGAGGGCUUUGUUUUAUGCCACUCAAUUGCUGGAGGAACAGGCUCAGGUAUGGGUUCAUAUUUGUUGGAGGCUCUGAAUGAUCGCUACAGCAAAAAGCUUGUUCAGACAUAUAGUGUUUUUCCUAAUCAGAUGGAGACAAGUGAUGUGGUGGUCCAGCCGUACAAUUCGCUUCUGACACUCAAGCGACUUACCCUAAAUGCUGAUUGUGUCGUCGUUCUCGAUAAUACUGCACUUAAUAGAAUUGCAGUAGAGCGUCUUCAUCUUUCAACUCCUACUUUUGCUCAAACAAAUUCAUUGGUUUCUACUGUCAUGUCAGCGAGCACGACCACGCUGCGGUAUCCUGGAUAUAUGAACAAUGACUUAGUUGGCCUUCUUGCCUCUUUAAUUCCAACACCAAGAUGCCAUUUUCUUAUGACUGGAUACACACCACUUACAGUGGAGCGCCAAGCUAAUCUAAUUCGGAAAACUACUGUACUAGAUGUUAUGAGGAGACUUCUGCAGACAAAGAAUAUUAUGGUUUCAUCUUAUGCUCGGACAAAAGAAGCCAGUCAGGCCAAAUACAUUUCAAUAUUAAACAUUAUUCAAGGCGAAGUAGACCCCACUCAGGUUCAUGAAAGUUUGCAGAGAAUACGUGAAAGGAAGCUUGUUAAUUUCAUAGAAUGGGGUCCUGCAAGCAUUCAGGUUGCUUUGUCUAGAAAAUCUCCAUAUGUUCAAACUGCCCAUAGGGUCAGUGGACUUAUGCUUGCAAGUCAUACUAGUAUCCGGCACCUCUUCAGCAAAUGUUUAAGCCAGUAUGAGAAGCUGAGAAAGAAACAAGCCUUUCUUGACAACUAUCGAAAGUUCCCUAUGUUUGCUGACAAUGAUCUAUCUGAGUUUGAUGAAUCAAGGGACAUUAUUGAGAGUUUGGUGGAUGAAUAUAAAGCAUGCGAGUCUCCAGACUACAUCAAAUGGGGAAUGGAGGAUCCAGACCACAUUUUGACUGGAGAAGGCAAUGUUUCAGGAACAGUGGAUCCAAAAUUAGCAUUGUGAGCUGUUAACAAAACAAGUAUGUUACGUGGCUUUUGCUUCCGGACGGAAAAGAUGGUACAGUGGGAUUGAUAUGCUUUUUAUUUGGUUUUGCUGCCUUUUAAACAUUAUAUGACAUGUAACAUAUGACAUGCAACUUGCCACUUUUGUUAAUGUUUUGUUUGGUUAACCUUUAUUGUAUGAGCCUGCACCUGGGAAAUUGAGUAGAGAUUCUUUCUGUAUAUUUAGUUUUGCACUUGUC